AGGAACCAUUUGCACAGGCGGUGGGAGGAGCACCCCCGGGGGAGGGUCAGCCGUGCUCUGAGCAGCCAGAGAAGCAGCUUGGCUUCCUGCGCGGAAUCUGCGCCGGUCUCCCCACCCCCGCCAGCCACUUGGUAUCGGCUAAGGACGGCCUCGGGGCUCCCCGGGCUCUCCCUUAACCCCUUCUCUGCCGAGCAAGCCUCCUCCUGGAGGUUCCUGAAGGCAGCGCCAGAUGCGGGACGCUGGGACCGACCGCUGAGCCCAGGACAGACCCCCCCAAGCUGGAGCGGGCGCUCUGCACGUGCUCAGAGGCACUACUAGGCAGCUGGUGGAAUUCCAGCCAGGCUGCCGGGGAAGAAGGCGUGCCGGAGAGGUUCAGGGGCGCAGCGAGCCCGGCUGGGGUUAGUCCCGCCUCCGAGCAGCCCUGAGCCGGUUCGCAGCAGCCCCCGCCCGUAGGAAGCCCUCCCUGGCCGCGGCAGCUGCUGCGCAGGACUCGGGAGCCGGGGCCGUUUAGCAGCGGAGCGGCCCUGCCUGUGCUGCCCCUCUCGCCGGCCCAGGCUCUCUGGUGGUGCGUCCAGCCCUUUGGGCCUCCACUCCGUGGCACAAAUGAAGCCCCACGUCACCUACCAGCAGCUGAAGACCCUGUGCAGCCCUGAAGAGCCGCGGCUGCCUGAACGGCCCAGCCCGGCCCAGCCCAAGGACUUCCGCUGCAUCUUGGUGGUGGCCAUCCUGGCCACGAUGCUGGGAGCCGCCCUCCUGAUCCACAGCCUCGUCCUCCCCGUCCAUCGCCUGGGCUCUGUGGGGGGUGUGGCCGCCCCGUCCCUGGACAACACCUGCAGCGACCCUUGCAGGAUUGUGCUGGUCGAGAGCAUCCCAGAGGGACUGGCCUAUGAGGCCAACAGCACCCUCAGCCCCUCCACUUCUGAGGCCUGGCGGAAUCUUCUGAGGGGCGCGAGGAGCACCGUGGACAUCGCCGCUUUCUACUGGACCCUCACGAAUGCGGACACCCACACCCAGGAUCCCUCGGCCAGCCAGGGCGAAGAGAUCCUGGCGGAGCUGCUGCAGCUGACCGGCAGAGGCAUCGCCACGCGGAUUGCUGUCAACCCGCCUUCCUCCCGACAGCCCAGCUCAGACCUCCAGGCGCUGGAGGAAAGCGGAGUCCAGAUCCGCAAAGUCGACAUGCACCGGCUGACCACUGGGGUCCUGCACACCAAGUUCUGGAUUGUGGACCGGACGCACCUUUACCUGGGGAGCGCCAACAUGGACUGGCGGGCCCUGACCCAGGUGAAGGAGCUGGGGGUGGCCGUCUACAACUGCAGCUGCCUGGCCCAGGACCUGGGGAAGAUGUUUGAGGCGUACUGGGCUCUGGGGCUGCCCAACGCCACCAUCCCGUCGCCCUGGCCAGACAAGUACGCCACCCCCUACAACAAGCAGACCCCCCUGGCGCUCCAGCUGAACGGCACCGAUGCUGGCGUGUACAUUUCGAGUGCUCCGCCGGCCCUCUGUGCCUCCGGCCGGACCGAGGACCUCCAGUCCCUCCUGAGCGUCAUCGAUGGGGCCCGGGCGUUUGUCUUUGUCGCUGUGAUGAGCUACUUGCCCACCAUGGAGUUCUCGCAUCCCAGGAGGUUCUGGCCAGUCAUUGAUGACCACUUGCGGAAGGCGGCCUACGAGAGGAGAGUCCGCGUCCGCCUGCUGGUCGGCUGCUGGAGACACUCGAAGUCGGAGAUGUUUCCAUUCCUGCAGUCCCUGGCUGCCUUGAGGGACAACCGCACCCACUACAGUGUGGAAGUGAGGCUCUUCGUGGUCCCAGCCAAUGAGACGCAAGCCAAGAUCCCCUACGCCAGAGUCAACCACAACAAGUUCAUGGUGACAGACAAAGUGGCUUAUAUUGGAACAUCCAACUGGUCCGGGGACUACUUCCUCCACACAGCCGGCUCCGCUCUGGUCGUGAAUCAGAGCCUCGUGGAGCCUGGGGGCCGGGCCACGCUCCGGGAGCAGCUGCAGGCUGUGUUUGAGCGAGACUGGGACUCCCAGUACAGCCAGGAGCUGAGCUCACUGGGCCAGUGGGAGGGUCUCUGUGGGGCCCACUAGCCAUGGGCAACGCCAGGUGGAGGGGGCUGCGACUCACCCACAGCCUCCCCUGCGUGGGGCUGCGUCUUGCUGGCCCUGCAGCAGCAGCAGCUCUUCUGUGGAACAGACCAGGCCGACCACGUGCCUUGCUGACCGGAUGGGGGGGCGGGAGGGGGAGGGUCAUCAACCAGGCUCUGCUAGACCGGACUCCUCCUCCUCCUCCUCGCAGAAGAGCAUUGGCACAAAAGCAGGCUUUAGAGGCAGCGGGUGCCAGCUGGGUUUCUCUUUGUCUACCAAUUGCGCAGAGGAUUGGUUCAAAGCAGCGGUCAUGAGAAGAGAGGCAUCGCUUCUCUCUUUUGGCUUGAGAGCAGAGAAAAGGGACACAGAAGCAUCCCUGCAAACCAUCCUGGAGGAACCGAGGAAGUUCCCAGGGGAAUCUCUGAGGGGCUGCAGUCCUCAGGGUUGAGUUGAUUUUUAAACAAAAGUGUAUCUUAGAAGCUGGUUGAAUUAAGUCGCCUUCCAUGGACGGAGGAUGGGGGGGGGGCCCUGCUUGGCCAGAAUAUGGCUUUAGAGGGAAAGGGGCUUCCACAGACCACGUGCCACGGAGUGCCCAUCUCCCUCCCUCUGCACUUGACCGGCGGCCAUUUGGCUUUUAUUCCCGGAACAGCCAGGGCGGAGGUCACAGAAGUGUGGGCAGUUCAAGACUGGAGAGCAGAAAGGGCUGAGAUGGGUCCCGUGGGGUCACCGGAUGCCGGGGUGACUGCUCUUGCCCUUUCCCUUCCUAGAUGCGGUUUAAAAAAAUUUUUUUUUAAUGAAACAUUUGCUUGGUGAUCUUGUGGAACAUUGUCCUCUGCACCCGCACGGUGCAUUGUGUUUUCCUCUUUUAAUAAAACUUAUCACUUUUUUUAGCCUACUUUCCAGGAGGCUUAUGAAAUUACCCAGCA